UUUUUCUUCUUUACUAGCGCUCUUAGCAUCUGCCUGCCUGGUGCGGUACCCACACCAAGCCUGCCGUUGCUUGGGCUUUUUUCCUUUCUCCUCUCAUCCCUGGCUUUUUUCUGUGCGACGCUGUUGCCCUCUAGUGUUUGCGGAUAUUAGUUGGUUGUGUUGCGGAACAAAAUCAGCCCUUGUAGUGCAGUAAUUAUUAAUAACUUCAGGUGUUCAUAGCUACCUGGAUUUCCAGAAUCCCGUGCAGAAAUUGAUUAUACCUUCUGUAAAGCUUUGUGGAAGAUAGAUGUGUGUGCUGCAAUGGUGACAUAAAUAUUUCAGAGGACUGGAACGAGUUGUUGAGAAUUUGUUUGUUUUUAACGCUGCUGUCAAGAACAAUCUAAGGCAAGUAAACAACAUGAGUUUUAUCAUGAAACUUCACAGACACUUUCAAAGAACAGUUAUUUUGCUGGCCACUUUUUGUAUGGUGAGCAUAGUUAUUUCUGCGUACUACUUGUAUACUGGCUACAAGCAGGAAAAUGAGCUUCCUGAAGUCUCUUCAGAAGUGGAAUGUGGUGAUCUUCAACUGUUGCCAUACAAGCUGAUGGAGAUGAAGACCAUGAAGCCUGUUGAUCCCCUGAGGACAGAUCUUGUAGUGCUGGUGUUUGUGGAAAGUCAGUACUCAGCAUUAGGCCAAGAUAUAAUAACCAUAUUAGAAUCUAGCAGAUUUCAGUUUCACACUGAGAUUGCACCUGGAAAAGGUGACCUCCCUGUGCUCAUAGACAAAAAUAAAGGCAAAUAUGCUCUCAUAGUGUAUGAAAAUAUUCUAAAGUAUGUGAAUAUGGACUCUUGGAACAGAGGCCUUCUAGAUAAGUACUGUAUAGAAUAUGGUGUAGGUGUUAUUGGAUUCCACAAAGGCACUGAGAACAGCUUGCAGAGUUUUCAGUUGAAGGGCUUUCCUUUCCAUGUCCACAGCAAUCUGGGUAUUAAGGACUGUUGCAUUAACCCUCAUUCCCCACUGCUCCAUGUGACUAAAUCUUCUAAGCUUGAGAAAGGUCCCUUACUUGGAAAUGACUGGGCAGUUUUCCAGAUUAAUCAUACAGCUUAUCAACCAGUGAUAUUUGCAAAAGUAAAGACACCAGAAAACCUUUCACCACCUGCUGCUAAAAGUGCUCUCUAUGCCACAGUAAUUCAUGACCUGGGGCUCCACGAUGGGAUUCAACGAGUCCUUUUUGGCAAUAACUUGAAUUUUUGGCUGCACAAGCUGAUUUUCAUAGAUGCCAUCUCUUUCCUGUCUGGAAAGAAGCUCAGACUCUCCUUGGAUAGGUAUAUUCUGGUUGACAUAGAUGACAUCUUCGUUGGGAAGGAGGGAACAAGAAUGAACACCAACGAUGUACAGGCGCUGCUUGACACUCAGAAUCUUUUGAGAGCUCAGAUUGCAAAUUUUACAUUCAACCUGGGAUUUUCAGGGAAAUUUUAUCACACAGGCACUGAGGAAGAAGAUGAAGGUGAUGAUCUCUUGUUGAGGUCGGUAGAUGAGUUUUGGUGGUUUCCCCACAUGUGGAGUCACAUGCAGCCUCACCUCUUUCACAACGAGUCAUCACUGGUGGAGCAGAUGAUCCUCAACAAAAAAUUUGCCUUAGAACAUGGUAUUCCAACUGACUUGGGCUAUGCGGUGGCUCCACACCAUUCUGGAGUCUAUCCAGUGCAUGUUCAACUUUAUGAUGCCUGGAAAAAGGUGUGGAAUAUCAGAGUUACCAGCACAGAAGAAUAUCCACAUCUGAAGCCUGCAAGGUAUAGACGAGGCUUCAUCCACAAAAAUAUCAUGGUGCUUCCUAGGCAGACUUGUGGCUUAUUCACCCACACAAUUUUCUAUAAAGAGUAUCCUGGAGGCCCAAAGGAACUAGACAAAAGCAUUCAAGGAGGAGAGUUGUUCUUCACAGUGGUUCUCAAUCCAAUCAGCAUCUUCAUGACACAUUUGUCUAAUUACGGAAACGACCGCCUGGGGUUAUACACCUUUGUGAAUCUGGCCAACUUUGUUCAUACUUGGACAAACCUGAAACUGCAAACUCUUCCUCCAGUGCAACUGGCUCACAAGUAUUUUGAACUGUUCCCUGAGCAAAAGGACCCUCUCUGGCAGAAUCCGUGUGAUGACAAACGGCACAGAGAUAUCUGGUCUAAAGAAAAAACCUGUGAUCGGUUACCAAAAUUCUUGGUUGUAGGACCCCAGAAAACUGGUACCACAGCCUUGUAUUUGUUCCUGAUCAUGCAUCCUUCCAUCAUUAGUAACUCCCCCAGCCCAAAAACCUUUGAGGAGGUACAGUUCUUUAAUAGAAAUAACUACCACAGGGGGAUUGAUUGGUACAUGGAUUUCUUCCCAACUCCUUCUAAUGUCACCACAGACUUCCUCUUUGAGAAAAGUGCCAACUAUUUCCAUUCUGAGGAAGCUCCUAAGAGAGCUGCUUCCCUCAUCCCCAAGGCCAAGAUCAUCACCAUCCUCAUUGACCCAUCCGAUCGGGCAUAUUCCUGGUAUCAGCAUCAGCGAUCGCAUGAAGAUCCUGCAGCUCUUAAAUUCAGCUUCUAUCAGGUGAUCACAGCCGGAUCUCGAGCCCCAUCUGAGCUUAGAGCUCUCCAGAAGAGAUGCCUAGCACCUGGAUGGUAUGCUACCCAUAUUGAAAGAUGGCUAACUUACUUCCCCCCGUAUCAGUUGCUAAUUAUUGAUGGACAGCAGCUGAGAGCUGACCCGUCUGCUGUAAUGGAUGAAGUACAGAAAUUUCUGGGAGUCUCUCCUCAUUAUAAUUACUCUGAAGCCCUUACGUUCGAUUCACAUAAAGGUUUCUGGUGUCAGCUGCUGGAAGAAGGAAAAACAAGGUGUCUUGGAAAGAGCAAAGGUAGAAAAUACCCUCCUAUGGAUUCUGAGUGCAGGGCUUUCCUGUCAAGCUACUACAGAGAUCACAAUGUGGAACUGUCAAAACUCCUACACAAACUGGGACAACCUCUGCCAUCGUGGCUGAGACAGGAGCUACAGAAAGUAAGAUAGCAGUGAAAAAAGGCUUUUUGAAAUCUCUCUUCCACACUUCAGUCAUCAUACCGAAAGUCUCCAGUAGCUACCUGAAGGACUUGUAAGAUAUACCUCUUUAGAAAAGUGUAAAAGAUAGAGAUUAUUUCCAUAUGCUGGCAUGUGGAUUGUGAAAAUAUAUGUGUUCCUUAGAGCUCUGGUAGGCCAAAUCUUUCUCAUAAGCAUUUCUGGGCCUGUGGACUUGUGGGACUACUGUGCACAUACGUGAAAGUUAUUUGCAGCUGAUAAAAGCUUCAGAGAUACAUGACCUGUCCAAUUUCAUGGUAAAUAUUUACAUUUUAAUAUAUCAGUUUAAAAGUAUUGUGUUUCACGUAGGUUUUGUAGCCCAUUGUUAGGCCACUGUCAGUUUUUCUUACUAUUUGAUUAUUGUCUUGCAUAAAAUAAGAAAAACGAAUGUAGCACAAAAUGCCAAGUGUAGUUCUGCCUUUGGAAUCAGCUUGCUAAUACCCAAAAUAUAUACUAAAAAGGGUGAGAAGGAUAGUUAUUAUAUAUGAUUUAGCUGUGCACAGCAAGAAAAUACACAGAGCAAAAUCUGGAAGCAACAGGCAAAAGCAAUGUAGAAGAAUCCUAAACCCAAAACAUGACCUAUGAUUAUAGCCUGUAACAACAAACCCUUACAGUGUGGUACGAGCUGGUACAAUCAUUUGUCCAUAAUUACUAUGUCUGAUUUUGUUCUGACUGAAAUGGCAAAAAAUGAAAUAUAGCCAUUAUCUGAAGAUAAAUUUAAUUGGACAUGUGAAGCAGAAAAGUUGCAGUAUAAUCCUCAUGAGCAGUAUUAUACUUGAACAGUUGUGAACCAAACCAAUGUAGUGCAAUGAACAGGCUUUCACUCCUGGCUUCAGUGAGCAGCAGAUCCAGAUACUGCACUCUGGCCUGACAUUGCUGUGAAUGAGGAGUGAAUCCACUGAAAUGAACGAAAACCUUGUAAAGAGCAGAACAAAUCCAUACUUAGAUUCCCUUAAUUUGCACCACCAUUUCCCCCCCUUAAUUUAUUUGCCUUCAAUCUAUGCUUUAUAUAUUCCAAGAUCCCUCAACCUGAUCAAAAUUGUAACAUUUUUCAGUAACCUUCUGAUUAUGUCAGCUGCGAAAAUCUAUCAGAUUUCCAGAUGAAAAUACUGGUUCUGGUUGCAGCUAUUUUACACAUGACUGGUAUUCAAUAUUAGGAAUAAGCUUUAGGGGAAAAAAUAAGCACAGUGUGUAAUCAUGGUAGAAAGUUACACUCUAAUAAUCGAAAACACAAAUAUCGAGCUUUACAUUGAAGUGAGACAUUUCAAUAAUACAUCUCACAAUGCAUCAGUUUAGAUGCAAGAUAAACUCUUAACUGAUAGUACAUAAAGUUGAGAAAGAAGAUCCAUGAAAACUCCAGAUGAGUAUGGCCUUAAUGCUUCUCCACUGAACUUUGGCUCUGGGUGUUUCUAAAGGCAAGAAGAGGCAGUGAAAACAAAUGAGAACUACAAUACUAAAUGCAGUGCUUUUUACAGUAGCUCUAAAAUGUUAUCCUAAUUUGUUUCAGGGUGAAUAGUUAAAAACAUACAUCAAAUGGUGGAAAAACUGUAUGCCUCAGUGCUGUUUUGCAACAUUUAUGGAAUCAUAUGAUUUAACUUUCAAGGUAAUGGAAUGGAAACCAGUCUCUUUAUUCCCUAAAUAGAAAACAGAUGCUGAGAUCCUUAUGUACCUCUAACUGGUCAUCUUUAUUAUUUAUUGAUUUUGUCUAUGUAAUACCUGGUUUUGAUAGGCCUGUAAAGAAAAAAAUCUAGACAAAUUUGCUGUAUAUAACAAUAUUCUUUACGCAGCACAUUUUUGCUAAGGGAAUAUGCAUGAUUAAUGGUGAGGACCUACUAGAGUAGACAUUUUUUGAGAUUAACAUCUUUAUUAUUUAUUAGACAGAUGAGAAUUUUCAUUUCACUUUAAAUAUUCACUGUCAUAUGGAUUAAUCCCCAAAGCUGACUUGUCUUAAAAAACUUCUCAUUUGCUUAAAAGAAACACUCUGGAUUCCAAAUAUCUGUAAAAACAAAUACUCUGCAUGCUAUGGACAGCUCAUGCAUCCUGCAGGCAUCUAUGUGGAUUUGUUACAACUAAAUUGAAUAAUUGGAGAAAAUACCUGGGGUUUUCAUCCUGGCAUGAUUGAUUUUUCCCUUGAUAUAACCUCAUGUAACAUCACUCAAACAUUUCUGAAAAAUCCACAGGGAUUGCACAAAGCUCCUGUUUCGUGCACUGCUGCCUCAGUUACUCCAUGUUCUUCAAGAGCAGCAAUUAUAAAAGAGAAGAAAAUAGGAAAAACUUUGGGCACUAUCAAUCAAAUGCCUGAAGUUUUUAUGGUGAGAGAGCCCUCUGCACACCAGUUGAGUGCCUCCUAUGUGCAGGAGGAAUGUUUCAGCCACGUUCAGAUUUCAUUUCUUGCUUCCAAGAACUCCCUGUCUUCUUUCUCUGGGAAAUGAAGGCCCAUGCACAACAAGAAUGAGUCAGCAGUCAAGGACAGAAUGGUCUCAUUGCUGCUCCAGAAAUUUUACAACAGAGAAGGUGACAUGUCUCAGAUCUGUGGGCUACUACUGUGAAGUCCUCUCUGAGGCAAAGGAAGGAGCCCCCUCAACUGUGGGUGAUCUGGUGAAACGGCCCAGCUGCAGUCACCAUGUAACACCAGGGGGAGCAUAAGCCCCCCACACACACAACCUUCAUCUUGUGUUCUCAGCUAAACACAAAGCUUGUCCUCCAGGAAGGAAUGACAUGGUGACUCUCAAGUCCUGAUGAGGAACAGCAGGGUGGAGUUCUUGGGUGGUCCCAAUGCCUUCACUAAUGGAAGGAACUGGGAACAAAAUAAGUUCCUAGGGAAGUCUUCAAUGGACUCCUGUACCUGAGUGGAUCACAUUAAUAAAGUGGCUUGACCUGGAACUGGGCAUCUGAUAGCACAUAAUCUUGAAUUUACGUAAAUCCAAGCUCCUGUUGAGCUGCAGCUGUUAAGCACCAGCAUCUUUAGAAAAGGUGCUGUGGGUUUAGCUUCUUGUGCUCCAGGCGGGCUUGUCACAAAGGCAACAGAGAAGUGAAGGCAAACUGCUGGUCAGCCUUGCAGUUCGGAAUUGUUGAUGUUCACUUGUUACUUGGUUAUGCACAGCUGGUCUGAAGCCACUUCUUUUUCCUUCCAGAACUAUUCUAUUUAAAUAGAUUCUCACAUUUAAUAGGCAACUUUAAAAAUUAGUAUGAUUUUUAAUGUGCUGUCAACUUGGUGAAGAAUGAAGAGUCUGAGCAAAGCACACGGACAACAGCUAGAUGUGUUACAUCCCCAGUCGUAGGAUGCACAUGAGUACAGCUGAGUAAGCAGGUCAUACAACAUUAAUUAGCUGACAGUUUAACCUUUCCUCUUCACAGCUUACCUACAGUCAGCGUUUGAUUUCCAAUAAUAGCCUGUCAGUUAUUAACACUCUUAAAAGAUACUGAUGGAUUACAAAGAAUUUGUAUUUGUCAGUCAAAGUCAGACAUUUUAUUGUGCUGGUAACAGCCAUGGUUUCUGUUCCCCUGGUAGAUAACUGCACAGGCAAUUUCUAUUACAGUUGCUUGAUUAUGUGAGCUUCACCUUUAUUUUCAUAAAUAUGAUUCUGACAUUUGCUUUCUGCAGACAUCUGUGCCAUUAAAAAUCAAUGUGUGAUUAUGAGCAGAAAGUGACCAGUGGGGGGGGAGUAAACACAGAGCCUGAUAGGAAAUCAUUUAAUUAUUUGAGCAAACAUUCCUGAAAAUACUGUGAUAUUUUCCCAGUUCUACUUGUGCAGAAAGAAUUAGUUUCAAUGAUUUGCAGACUAUCUUGUAAAUAAUAUCCUUUUUCAUUGCUUAAAAAUGUGAAACUUCCUCAGGAAGAAAUUAAAUAGAUAUUUCAAUGUUUAUAAAUGUAAUACUCUUGUCAUUCACAUUGAAUGAAAAUUUCUGGAAACAUUUUUCUCAAAAGUUUUUUUAAAUAAAAAAUAGAUAUUAUUCUGAUAGUGGCAUGGUAUCUGCAGUGCAACAAUAAAC